AUGAUUCAUAAGAGUCCCACUCGAAGACCUAUGCCGAGACCCUCUUACCAGCAAAUUCCACAGAGUCCAGUAAUACGCAGCGGAAAACCAGUGAAGCGAAAAAACUCGACAACGCCAUUGUCUACGCCAAUAUCAGUGUCAUCGACGUCGUUGAGGAAUCGACAUGCUUCACCUACUCAAUCGCCGAUGGUUUCUUCUCCGACUCGAACAAGCUCAGGCUCGAGCAGUCGUGGGAAGACGUCAGAUGGAAUGGUGAACUUGGACUCUAUUUGGCAGAAUGGAGCCUCCCAACAAUAUCGUGGCACGAUAUCUGUAUCAAUUCGUGUGAAACCGUCAGAGUCGAGAUUUAAAAAUCCAUGGAGAAUUGGUCAAAAUCACACAAUAUCGCAUGAGGACCAUGGUGAGUUCAAAUUCGACAAUGUUUUUCAGCCUGAAUCCAGCAACACAGAGGUUUACGAAGGCAUUGGGAAACCGCUAAUAGAUCGGUUAUUCGAAGGUUAUAAUGGCAUAGUCUUUGCUUAUGGAAUGACAGAAUCGGGCAAAACCUACACUAUGAGUGGAACAGCAGAGGAAGCGGGACUUAUACUGCUUUCAGUUCGACAAAUUUACGACCGCAUCAACAAUGAGCAACAAGACAAUACUUUACUGUCAGUUAAAGUCUCAUAUUUGGAAAUUUACAAUGAAAAAAUCUAUGAUCUUCUCAACUACCCAGACCAUAGAACCGGGUCAUCCACAUUUGCUCCAAGAACGUCUCAAGCAUCAUGUGCAGCCGAGCUGCAAAUAAGAGACGAUUCCAAGAACGGUGUGCGAGUUGUGGGUCUUACAGAGCAGAGUGUUCAUACCACAGAGGAACUGAUGAGAUUCAUUUCCGUCGGGAACAGCAACCGUCGAACUGGUGAAACCGACUAUAACGCGAGAAGCUCGCGAUCACAUACAAUUGUAUCCAUCACCCUUACGCGCACUAACGUGCUAGAUGGUACAGAAACCAGUAGCACGCUUUCUUUGUGUGAUUUGGCUGGUUCUGAAAAAGCUGCCGGUCAGCAAGAAAGACGUAAAGAAGGUGCAUUUAUCAACAAAUCGCUUUUGGCAUUGGGGACUGUUAUUUCAAAACUUAGCGCCGGUUGCACACACCCGAACUCGAGCUUUGGGACCAGUCAUAUUCCAUAUCGAGACUCAAAACUGACACGUAUAUUGCAACCUGCGUUGUCCGGGGAGAGCAUCGUCACAACUAUUUGCACUAUCGAUACCAAGUUGGAUUCCGUACCCGAGACGGUCAAUACUAUUCGUUUCGCAACGCGAGCCAAAGACGUUUCGAUGACGGUACGAAGAAACGAAGCGGAGUCCAAUACUGCUAAAGACAAGCUUGUCAACAGUCUGAAGCGACAAAUUGAUGAACAACAGGAGAUUAUAUGGGAAUUGCGGCAACAGUCGAGCGGCAUAAACGACAAUCCCACGGCGACAGCACAUCUAAUGAGAUGGGAAUAUCAGACAAUGAAAGCGAAGCUGCAACACUGUGAGAGGUUACUAGAUAAAGAUGAUACACCUGUCCAGGACGAAAAUUUCUUGGAGAUUGUGGAAAUGUUGCCUCCUGCAAUUGGGGCUGUACUUGAGACUAAGAUCCAGGGCCUGGAAUCAAAACUGCGUGAGCAUCAAGCUUACAACGCAGUUUUGGAGCGCAAAUUGAAGAAGGUCGAGCAACAGCUUGCCGGGGAAGAGAAGGAAGAGGAGAGCGUUGUUGUGCAAGCUGAAGGUCCUUCACAGCAGUUGUUGAAAGAGCAAGAGGAGGAAAUUCACGAUUUGCGUCGGGCUUUAACUCGCAAGAAUAAGAUGUUGGAAGCGUUACAGAGUGCGAAACGUCUGCGUGAAGGGGCGUUGAGACCACUCAACUACGAAAACCGGAAACUCGAGGAUUCGACCGGGAGGAAGUAG